UAUCAACUGAAAAGCGGCUGAUAUAAUUCCCUUCUACAUUUCACUACUAGCUAUUUUCCGGUAACAGAUAUCUCAUUUGCUGUUUCGUGAAAGAUCGCUUCGCAUACAAGUUUCCAGGGACCGAUACAAAUUAUCUCAUUAGUUUCCCCAUUCGACGGGGGUAAUGCUGCUGAGCAGCAUUCCCAGCUCAAAAGCUCUUAGAUUUUGAUUCAGCACCCAUUCGCGAUGGCUUCACCACGGCCUACUGCGACGCCAGCUGCCGGGUUAUCAGCUGCGCCCACCCAACCUCUCACCCCUCCUGCAGAACGCCCCUCCUCGUCUAGCAAUCCAGCUUCCGGAAAUCCAUCCAACGCCGCAUUAACCUCAGCUACGGCUAAUCCUCCGCAAGUUCCUGGAACUUCUCUCCAAGAUAACGGAAAGUCAAGGCGACCUCGCGAUGCCCGUUUGAUACAUAUGCUCCUUGCCUCUUCUGGCGUCAACGCGUAUCAAGAACGAGUGCCCCUUCAGCUCCUCGAUUUCGCAUAUCGUUAUACCUCUAGCGUCCUGCAAGAUGCUGUAUAUCUUGCAACAGAGGGCUAUGCUGGUGAGGUACCAGGCCCCAAGGGCACCGACGGCGGAAAAACGCAGCAGUCGUCGUUGGAGGUUUCGUCCGUGAGCCUUCAGGCGCUACGAUUGAGCAUUGCGUCGCGAUUGCAUUAUCAGUUUCAACCUGGUUUGCCAAAAGAAUUUUUAAUGGAUAUUGCUGCGGAGCGAAAUCGGAUUAUGCUUCCUGGACUUUCUAGGGGUGCAGAGGGUGGAGCGUCCAAUGUGGCUGCACCUGGUGUAGUCAUGGGUGGUAUGAGGCUUCCACCAGAGAGGUUUUGCCAAACCGGUGUGGGCUGGGGCUUACGAGAAGAAUGGGAAAGCGAAGGCGAGGAAGAGAUGGAGAUUGAUGCCGCCGCACAGCAAGGAGCUCCUCCAGCCGCGGGCGCCGGCGAGGAAGAGGGCGGCGCCGAGGACGAUGAUAUCGACGGGAAAAUGGAAGAUAUCUUUGGCGAAGACCCUAUGGACGAGGAUAAUCCGGAUGGAGACAAAACCAUGACGGGUGUUUAAUCCAUUUUCCCUUUCUUCCUCCGAAUAUUUUUCCAAAUUUCCACUGGGCGAUGUGGGCAAAAUCUAUUGUUGCUCGUUUUCUUUUAUUUUUUUUCCGGAGUUACGCUGCCUUUUUCGAAUGGGAUUAGGUCUGGUUUGGCGGUUUCAUAGCUGGUGUCUUUGGUGUGUUUAGGUCAUUAAGGAGAGAGGCAUUUCCAUGGAGGUCUGGACUAGCGGAGAUAUACUAUGGUUAUAUCUGUAUUGUACACUAUAUUCUAGAAGAAAAUGAAAAAGUAUCAUAACCC